UGGACACACUGGACGUGUCGGACUCGGUAGACCGUAUACGUCUCGUAGGGUCCCAACGUGAACCAGUGCGCUUCACCGUACAACCAUGCGUGUGCGUGUCUGCUAGCCACGCCCAUCCUACGUCACAGGCACGGCAGCACACAUUCUUCUCCAUGUGCACGAGCAGUGAGUGAGCUGUACGCUCGCACACACGCUGCGUGGUAGUCAUCACAAACGGAGAAGCAAUGUGGCUUUCCUGAUCGAUGGGAGUAGUGGUAUGAACGCGUUUGGAGACCAUUUCACGUGUCUCUCUUGGAUGGAUUCAGCCUCCUCCCAAUACGGCAUAGAGGAAGAUGAUUUGUCGGUCAGUGCAAGGGAGAGUGAAGCCUCAGGGUCCAGGAUGGAAACGGAAACUGAUGAGGAGAGGGAUGUUGAACGCAAAGAGGCUGGAGCAGCUGAAGAGGAGUCUGAAAGUAUAGAAGUUGGACAAGCUGAGCCUGACUGGAGCUGAGCUGUGAGAGGAGGGUCUCCAGCCAGGGAGACAAGAUGGCCACCACCACCCCCCUGCGGAGCUUCUCCAUCCUGCCUUGCUUCAUCUUCGUAGAGCUGGUCAUCAUGUCCGCCACGGUGCUGCUGGCUUACUACCUGGAGUGCACAGACUUGUUCGGCGUGCACGUGCAGGGCUUUUUCUGUCACGACCCCGAGCUGUUGAAGCCCUACCCCGGGUCGGACGAGGUCAGCUUCGUGCCUCCCCUCCUCCUGUACUGUGUGGUGGCCGCCACGCCCACCGCCAUCAUCUUGGUGGGCGAGGUUUGCAUGUACGUGAUGCGCUCCACCAGGGACGCUCUCCUGGUCCAGGAGAGGACCAUCGUGACCGGAGACUGCUGCUACCUCAACCCUCUGGUCCGCCGCAUCAUCCGCUUCAUAGGUGUGUUUGCCUUCGGUCUGUUCGCGACGGACAUCUUUGUUAAUGCGGGCCAGGUGGUGACGGGCGGUCUGUCUCCCUACUUCCUGUCCAUCUGCAAGCCCAACUACACAGGCGCCGACUGCCGUUUACACCAGCAGUUUGUCGCCCAUGGCAACGUGUGCACGGGCAGCGCAGCGCUGGUGGAGCGUGCACGCCGCUCCUUCCCCUCCAAGGAUGCCGCACUCAGUGUGUACGCCGCCGUCUACCUGACGAUGUACAUCACCAGCACCAUCAGGACCAAGUCCAGCCGGCUGGCCAAGCCUGUGCUGUGCCUGGUCACGCUGUGCUCCGCCUUCCUGACCGGCCUCAACCGCGUGUCCGAGUACCGCAACCACUGCUCGGACGUCCUGGCCGGUUUCGUCCUGGGCACGGCCGUCGCCCUCUUCCUGGGUGUGUGUGUGGUGAACAACUUUAAGGGUGUCCACGGUGCUGUCACUCAACAGAAGACUGAAGAUUACCGCGGUCUCCCCUUAAUGACCUUCCCACGGGUGGAGAGUCCUUUGGAAACCCUUAGUGCUCAGAACCACUCGGCGUCGAUGACGGAGGUCACAUGACUAAGGGGUCAGCACCGGGUCACGUUUGCGUCUCCGCAGCACUUCCAGACACAAUGAGGUGGACGCACGGCCGCGUGGCUCUGACUGCUAACCCCGCUGAUCGGCUGACCCCAGCAGAACGCUGGAGAAACCCUACACCCCACAGGGUUAAUACCCUGUGGGGAGGAGAACAUACGGCACGUUUUAGAAUGGUUUCAAACUAGCUCACAAGCUAUCUUAGCUAACAAACUAACUUUGCCCACAAACUAGCUUGUUAGUUUGUGCAGUUCACAAAGAAGUUUAGCUUGCUAAUUAGCUUGGUUCACAAAUUAUCUUAGCAUAGUCACCAGCUUAUUUAGAAAACAAACUUAUCACACAAAGUAGCUUAGCUCAUAAGCUUGUUUAGCUCCCUUUGCUAGCCUGCCAAGCUGAACCCUUUGCAUCGAGGAGAAACAAUUGACUCAAGAAGAAUUCAACAGUGGUUGUCGGGUUCGGGCAAGCAUUUUUAAGGAUGUGUAGGUAGGAUAUAUACAAACACAACCACCUCUUGCCAGCUAAACCAACAAUAAUGAAUAAUUUGAGCAACAGAACCACACUAGCAGAGGUUUUGGUAUACCUUUGCUUUUCUCCCGCUUUGCCUCUGGACCUAGCGUACAGAUCGUGCAGUUUAAACAUAUCAUAUCCCAACAAUGUAACUAAUAGUGGGGGGUUUGUUGGCUAUCCACAUUUCCUUAAAAUCCUGCUCAGUUCUUGGUGUUGGCCGCUGAAGCAAUUUUUGUAAAGUGCCCCUAUUAAACCUCCAGGGUGAAAUUGAUUAGCAAUUACAAGCCAUGUAAAAAUCAAAUAUUCUGUGUCAAUCCAGAUGCAUGAUGGAUUGAUCAGACCAGACCAGUUCGUACAAUCCGCUCAAUAAACUGGUAGGUUGCUCUGUAUCUUUCAUAUAUCUGGGUAGACUCCCACUUUUGAUGUCACAAAUGGGUUACUUUUGUAAUGGCUUGUGAAGGCCAAUAGAUUUUCCAAAUGGGGGCUCUUUAAGUCCCUUGAAACCAUUUGAAACCUGGAGUCGUCUGCUUCCCGUGUCGGUGUGAAUAUUUGUAGUUAGGAAAAAAAAACAGUGUUUUGUACAUUUUGUAAGAGCGAGUGCUGUAGCCAAUGUUGACAGUGUCACAGUUGCACACUUCCUGUCAGCUGACUCACACUGUUCGGCAUCAAAUCCUGCCAGGUGACCUGCCUGUUUGCUCCCCCAUCAUCUUGUUCCCUGUGGCACGAGAAUAACAAUACUGUUUGUUAAACGUUGAUGUUGUCUUGUGAUGUUACUCAUUUGUACAGAAUAAUAAGAAAAUGUAUAUUGUUUCCGGUUUUUUUUCAUUGACUGACUGUGUCUGGGUCAAUUUUUGUAAAAAAAAAAGUCAGUCUGUAUGAUUAUCAUUAUGAUCUGUUUGGACCUGCUUGCCUGCUGUAAACAUGGAUAUGUUAUGGUAUCACACUUGCUGUUCAGGGCAUGAGUCCCUGUUCUUCGAGUGAGGAAAUGGGGAAAUAAUACGAAGGGGUCUAUUAGCGAUGUCACCAUGGGGCGUGGAAACGACAGCCAUUUUACUCUUCUCAAUCCCCUAUAGUCAGGAUUGAGUGUGAGUAGUUCCAGCCAAUUCCCCAUAGUGAAACAUCGCUAAAGAGCCUUUCCUUAUCCACCAUUUCCUUCUAAAACCCUCCACCCCUCUCCCCAGCGCACCAGUGGAUUGUAACACUGUUGUGAUUCCACUUCCUGGUUGAUCCCUAUUGGACGCUUUACCCAGCAUGAGGGAAGGAGAAAAAUAUGUUUAUAGAUAUGUUUCAUUUUUUGAAUACUGUUACAAUGAUCAUUGUCAAAUGAGUGUCACUUUUUUUUUCUAAAAAUAAAAGAAAUGCAUUUCUUUUUUAAAUGCUACACAUAUUUAUUUUCUUCGGUUCGUCCACAAAUUAAAUAGUCUGUAGCCAAAAUGUGUGGCUAUCUCUUCUUCUCCCAAACUUGACAUAUCAUUCGGUAAUUCAACAUGUUUUCUGCAUCCACUUCAGGGCAGGGCUUAAUGUAGGGGCUGAAGGGUGAAGGGUGUUUAUAGACAGGUGAAGGACUGAAGGGUGUGUAUCAUCAGGUGAGGGACCGAAGGGUGUGUAUGAACAGGUGAAGGACUGAAGGGUGUGUAUGGAAAUGGAAUUUUAAUUUGCUGCAAUAAAUUAUGUUGUUGACUUCUAACAUGUCUCUAUCUUUGCUGUUUAAAUCUAACUGUAGUCUAUGAGUAAUAUAUCGGC